AUGACAGCCAACUACUUUGUAUACCUACCCGGCUCACUGACCGUCCCGGAAUCGUAUUUGGUGCUUAACGGGACGUCCGGGGUUCCCUCAGAAGCACACGCCAGCACACCACACAUUUUGACAGACGAUGGUAUUAGUAUACUAACACCGAGCCAUGCCCCUACGCACGAGGAUGUGAUACGUGCUAUACCUAUUGUGGUGUUCAGCUUCACAUGUCAUCACAACGUGUUUACGGUCUACAAGGAGUUGAAUCAGCCGACUGAUAAGCGAAUAGGACAG